AUGGCUGUCCGAUUGCCUGGUGGUGUCAUGAACACGGACGACUUCUGGGACCUAAUGAUCAACAAAAAGAGCGGACUAAUCCCCAUACCUAAAUCAAGGUGGAACAUAGAUGGUUCGUGGAGCGCCGAACCCCAAUGGGGCACCAUUCAGAACCGCGACUGUUACAUGUUCGACAGCCAAGUCCAGCUCAACACAUUCGACACUUCGUUCUUCACCUGUGGCAAGCUAGAGUCGGAUCGCAUGGACCCAAUGCAGAGACAACUGCUCGAAAUCACUAAAGAAUGUCUCGACAGCGCCGGUGAGUCGAGGACACGCGGAGAGGAUGUUGGCUGUUACGUUGGCACGUUCUCUUCGGACUGGCAAGACGAUCAGUCCAUGGACCCACACGCUUCGGGGAUCUAUCGUGGCUCGGGAUAUCUCGACUUCUUCCAGCCUAAUCGGAUAUCUUACGAGUAUGGGUGGACCGGACCGUCUCUCCUUAUCAAGACAGGCUGUUCUUCCUCUAUGGUGGCGCUGCAUCUCGCCGCCGAGGCUGUCAAGAACAACUCCUGCACUUCUGCCAUGGCGCUCGGUUGCAACAUCAUGAGUUCAGUUAUGACCAGCAUUGUAUUUACUGAGACGGGCGUCCUUUCUCCAAGUGGGAAAUGCAAAACAUUUGACUCGUUAGCGGAUGGGUAUGGAAGAGGGGAGGCCGUGAACGCAGUGUAUAUCAAGAAACUUAGCCAUGCUCUUCGAGACGGGAAUCCAAUCCGUGCAAUCAUUCGCGGAAGCGGAACGAAUAAUGACGGCAGGUCUCAGGGGAUCAUGACUCCAAGCGAUAUCAUACAAGAAAAGUUGAUUCGGCAAGUCUAUAAGAACGCCGGGAUCAGCGAUGUCUCCAAGACAGCAUUUUUUGAGUGCCAUGGUACUGGUACCCCAACAGGAGACCCCUUGGAAGCAAGUGCCGUUGCACGAAUUUGGGGGCCCCAGGGAGGCGUGCUGAUGGGAGCUGUGAAACCCAAUGUUGGUCAUUCUGAAGGCGCGGCCGGCCUUACAAGUGUCAUAAAGGCAGUGUUGGCGCUCGAACACAAGCUGAUACCUCCGAACAUAUACUUGGAGGAUCCGAGUCCACGAAUACCAUGGGGGUCAGCCCACCUACGUGUUCCCACUGAACCUGAAUCCUGGCCACUGGAUCGACAUGAGAGAGUGAGCGUGAACAGCUUUGGCGUGUCUGGCUCGAACGCGCACGUAAUUAUUGACUCGUACAACUCAUAUGAGAGCCGUCGAUCCUGCAGGACGCCUGAAAGCGAGACGGACUCUGGAGUUUUCAUCCCGGACUACCCCUCAAACCGGUUGUUGUUGUUCUCGGCCAGUCAUACAGAGUCCCUUGACAAACAGGUACAGCUACACAAGGCCUAUCUGGAAAAGCAUCCGGCCCAAGCGGACAAUCUGGCAUACACCUUGGCAUUCCACCGAGAGCACCUGGCGUACCGGUCCUACGUGGUCACGGACGCCCACGGUGGGUUUGAGAUGGGCAUGAUCCCAAAGUCAACAUCAAAGGUCAAGCGCCAACUUGUGUUUGUCUACACUGGACAGGGGGCGCACUGGGCCGGCAUGGGAAGGUCCCUCAUAACCUCCAACGAGGCGUUCCGAGCCUCGAUACAGAAGCUGGACAAGUUUCUACAGUCACUGCCAGAGCCUCCGUCUUGGACGCUACAAGAGGAGCUGAUGAAAGAGGAUCAGGCUUCCAGCAAGGUCGGACAGCGCGGGUACUCCCACCCAUGCGCUACAGCCGUGCAGAUCGCCCUCACCGGCCUGCUCUUCAGCCUCGGCGUGCGACCAGAUGCCGUGACAGCCCACAGCGGUGGCGAGGCUGCGGCUGCAUACGCCACGGGAAGCAUCACAGCAGAGGCGGCAAUGGCCAUCGCCUACUUCCGAGGCGUCGUCAUCAAGGGAGACAACGUCCCAAAGGGUACCAUGGCUGCGGUUUCUCUCGGUCCAAAGGCUGUGGAGCCUUUCCUUGUCCCUGGUGUCGUGAUCGGGUGCGAAAAUAGCCAGCUCAGCACCACGCUCUCGGGAGAUCCCAUCUGCAUCCAGCAUUGCGUCGAUCAGAUAGGCAGACGACACCCGGACGUCAAGUACAAAAUCCUAAACCUGGAGACCUCAUUCCAUUCUCCCUGGCUCCAGCCCUUGACCGGGAUCUAUCGAGAGCUGAUGAGGCCUUACGUGAGGGAUACAAAAUCUCCUUCAUGUCCGCACUUUUCCAGUGUCACGGGACAAAAGAUAACCACCGACGAAUUUGGCCUAGAAUAUUGGGUCGACAAUUUUCUGCUCCCAGUCAAGUUCAACACUGCCGUGCGAAACAUUCUCGCCUCAGACUCCAACACCGCCUUCAUUGAGAUUGGGCCCCAUCCUGCGCUCAGGACCCCGGUCAAAGAGAUCCUGCGGGACUUUCCGGGAUCGUCGUGCGAAUAUGUCACGACACUUGAGAGACAGCAAGGCAGCAAUCACUCGUUGCUCAUUCUCGCCGGCCGUCUCUUCUCUCUCAAUAUGGAAGUUGAUCUCGGCGGUAUAAUCCCCAAAGGUCGUGUGAUUCCUGACCUGCCGACCUAUCCGUGGCACCAUAACGCCGUCCACUGGUACGAGCCUCGGAACGCAGCCAGGUUCAAGCAGAGGCAGUACCCCAGGCACUCAUUGCUGGGAUCCCGGGUCCUGGAGGGAAAUGAUAUCGAGCCUGCCUGGAGGAACAUGUUGGACCUCAAAGAAGCCAGUUGGCUGUUUGAUCAUGUCGUGAACGGUUCGAUAGUGUACCCUGCUACGGCUUAUGUAGCAAUGGUAGGCGAGGCCAUGCGACAGGUUUCCGGCGGUGUGCUUCCCUACACAGUUCGUCAUGUGUCGUUCCCGGCGGGUUUGGUCCUCUCAAAAGACAAGAGGGUCGAGCUCUACACGCGCCUGAUCCCAGACGACACCACCGAGGAUGGAUACGGAGCCACAUGGUACAACUUCAAGAUUAUGUCGAGCGACGGCAACCAUUGGGUGUCCCACUGUACUGGCAAUAUUCGGUCUGGGGUCGACACCAGCACCGCUCAGGAGAAAUUGGUUGCGUCGGGCCACAACAAGGCCCGCAAUGGCCUUGCUAGGCACAUUGACUCGGAUCCAUGGUAUCGAGGUGCCAGCAAGAUAGGUAUCGACUGGAAUGGCAUUUUCAGGGGUCUAGAGAACAUGACGGCCAGUGUGACUGCCAAAGAGGCCGCCGCGUCCGUAUUUGACUCAUACGAAGACACCGUCGCGUAUGCCGCGCACCCAGCAUUGCUGGACCAGUUAUUACAGGUCAAUCUUGUCGCCCUUACGAAUGGUCUGUUGAGAGACUUCGAUAAGAUCCAUCUACCGACGAGAAUUGAACGUCUCGCGGUCUUUGCCGACCAGGAGCUUCAGAUGCGCGUCUUCGCUGAGGCGACAGAUUCAGCGUCGGAGUGCGACCACGUUAUCAAGAACAAAAGCUACCAGGCUGUAAUGCUGUCUGAGGAGGGGAGCCCCAUCGCUGUGCUGGAAGGCUUAUCGAUCUCUGAGCUGCCUGUACCAAAACGGCCAGGCAGAGAGCACAAGCUGUUGGGGUCAUAUUUUGCCUGCGACACGGAUCUGACCAUGGUAGAUUCCAUCAGCUGCGCCACCACCUUGGACCUUGAUUCAGAUACUGACCAGACUAUGUUCACUCACUAUCGAUACAUUGAAGAGAUACGGCGUGCCGCUUAUCUUUUCGGAUGGAAAUAUCCUGACGCCGAGAUCCUCGAGGUCGGUGACGGGACCUUGGACGUCAGCUCGGCAGUGCUCGGUGCUCUCCGCCCUGACCACCGCCGGCGUUACUUCAAGAGCUACACGUAUGCCUGCACCGAUUCCGAGGCCAUCGGCGCAACUGAGGCUCAUCUCGCCGCGGAAGGUCUGGACGGUGGCGUGGUGGUCGGCGCCGAGGAUAUGUCUCUGGUAGGCAAAGGAGCAGAUCUGGUUAUCGCUAGCUUAUCGUCGUUGAUUGUCGAUGACGAGUUGGUGCAAGAAGAGCUCGAAGAACUGGGCACAAUGCUCCGCCCGUGGGGUCGCAUCAUUGUUCAUUACCAUCCCACCGAUUCCGAGGAUCUUGAUAGGAUGAGACAGCUCGCAUGCCAGAGGUUAGAAGAGCUUGGCUUCAUCGUGCACUCAAGCACGAAUGCGGGCCUCACCUUUGCUCAGCUCCCCGAACCUGCCCCGUUGAACCAAACAGUAACUCUGCUCACCACUAACGACGAUCACGGAAUACUUGCGGCUGGCCGAGUGAGCCAUGUCUUUGAGAAACACGGUUGUAAGGCCAAAACCGUCUUUGGAAUGCCGGACACUACCGACCCAGGAGACACUAUCAUCAUCAGUCUCCUCGAUCUACAUUCCCCAACGUUCCAUGACCUGGACGAGGAGACCUUUCGACCCUUCAUGGCCCGUCUGGCUGGCCUGCGUGGCUCCCUCGUCUGGGUGACGCCCACAGCGCUAACCCACUGCAAGGAUCCUCGGACCGCCAUGGGUCACGGUGUCGUGAGGACGGCCCGCAUGGAGAGCGGCGUGGACGUCACCAUCGUGGAGGUUGACGAGCCAUCGAGGAAAUCAGACUCUUUUGGCGAAUCGCUCUGGAAGAUUUCUCAAAGUCUUCCAUCAAGAAGAAGUGGUGGCAUCCUCGAUGCCGAUUUCGACUACGUCAUCACAGAUGGAGUUGUCCAGAUCCCACGGGUGCAGUGGUUCGAUCUUCACGAUCCGCAGGCUCGUGAUGACUUCCGUCUGGGUCGCGAAUCUGCAUCCCGGUCCGAAGAGGAUCAUACUCCCGUGGGCUUGCGUGAGAGCCCGGGGGAACGCAACAAGCUGUCCUUGCCGUCCAGCCUAUUCCGGAGCGAUGCGACGUAUGUGCUCGUUGGAGGCACAGGGGGUAUUGGCCGAUCCGUCGCUACCUGGAUGGCUGAAAACGGUGCUCAAAGUUUUAUUUUCCUCUCCCGCUCCGCAGCCUCUCCAGAACAUGAGCCUUUCCUGAGCGAGCUUGAGAGCUACCCCAACUGCCGGGUGCAAGCCGUGUCGGGAGACGUGAGCAUCAUGGCCGACGUUGAGAGAGCUCUUGCACUCGCGCCUGGUAAGAAGCCUGUUGCUGGAGUCAUACAACUCUCUCUCGUACUUUCUGACAAUGGACUCAAGACAAUGACCUUUGACGAAUGGCAGAAGACGAUUAAGCCGCGUGUUCAUGGAACCUGGAACAUACACAAGGCAACCGAGGCCCUGCAGCUGGACUUCUUCCUUGUAUUCGGCUCAGGGGGCGGUAUCACGGGAUACUUCGGACAGGCCAACUACUCAGCAUCCAACACGUACCUGGACGCGCUGGUCGAGUACCGCCACGGGCUGGGGCUCCCCGCAUCGCUGAUCGACGUUGGAGUCGUGGGGGACAUGGGCUACCUGACUGACAAUGAUCGCCACUCCGCCGCCUUCCGCAGCGCCGGAUACCUGUUCCUCACGGAGCGCGAUGUCCUAGACGCCGCGGCGGUGGCGGUGAGGCACUCGCACGACCGCGGACCGCUGCAUUCGUUCUUCCUGGGCGCCGUGCCGGAGAUCCCGCUCGAGGACCCGGGCAACAGGAUCAACUGGAAGCGGGAUGUACGGUUCGCCUUGGCUCAUACUCUCUUUGGGGCCGGCGAAAGUACCAAGUCGAGGGGCUGGCCGGGCAGGGGAAACUUGGAGUCUGAGACUCUAGACAACGGCUUCAGCGUCUCAGAACUCGCCGACUUGGCCGCCUCCGACCCAAACAACCCCAAGUGGAGAGAUCCUGCGACCGUCGACAGCCUGGCGCACGCCCUGUGCGAGGCACUGGCGGAGAUCCUUAUGCAGCCUGUCGAUGGCUUCUCUGUAGGGGCUAGGUUGCCGUCUCUGGGCCUUGAUUCCAUUGUCUCUAUCGAGCUGGUCGACUGGAUUCAGCGACAGUUCAGAGUGUCCAUGACGUCGAUCGAAGUGACCCAAUGCUCGUCGUUGUUGCAUCUUUCUGGGAAUGUCUUGGAAAAGUUGAUCAGCAGCUCUCCAUGA